AUGCAGACUGUUGAUGCUCUUACAGCUCCACGGAUGGUUCAAAGAUUUGUGAAGUUCCCAACUAAUCCUGUGGAAAUUCAAAGAAUACAAGUGGAUUUUUCACAAAUUGCUGGAUUCCCUGGUGUAGUGGGUGUGAUUGAUGGCACCCAUAUAAAAAUUGUUGCUCCAAAAGAUUUUGAAGAAGUUUACGUUAAUAGUAAAAACUUUCACAACAUCAAUGUACAAGUUGUUUUUUAUGCUAAUUACCUAGUGAGGAACAUUGUUGCAAAGUGGCCAGGAUCUGUUCGUGACUCAAGAAAUUUAUGUGAAAAUGGACUUUGGCGAAGAUUUGAAGAGUACAGAAUACCUGCAGGAUACUAUUUGUUAGGGGAUAGUGGGUACCCGUGUAAACGCUGGUUGCUGACCCCAUACCUAAGGCCUGAUGGACAUCAUCAAGAAGCUUAUCACAAUUAA